GCAAGACCAAGAAAAAGCCGCCACCUUCACCUACAAUUUUAUCAUACAAUGGGCAAAAUCUCGAGCAAAAGACACUAGAAACUAACUGUAGAAUUAAGCGUCAAAUACUAUUUACAUAUGCCGUUCAAAUUGAUUGAUCCAUAGAAGAUUAUAUAGACAGCUCAUCAGAAUUCACCAAUCAAGAUUCAGGAAUGGAAUCGACUUUGCUAUACACAUCUUUCUCACUUUUUCUUGUACUUCUGGCUUACAAGUUUUGGUCAGCGCCAAGAUACAAACUUCCACCAAGCCCGUUACCGGCCCUUCCUGUUAUAGGCCAUCUGCACCUCUUAAAACAACCUUUGCACCGAACCCUCCAUAGCCUCUCUGAAAAACUAGGUCCAAUCUUUUCCCUUCGCUUUGGCACCCGACUUGUGGUGGUGGUCUCAUCGCCUAAGGCUGCCGAGGAGUGCUUCACCAAGAAUGAUAUUGUGUUUGCCAACCGCCCUCGUUUUGUCAUGGGUAAAUAUAUUGCCUAUAACUACACUAGCCUUGUCACUGCCCCAUAUGGUGAGCACUGGCGCAAUCUCCGGCGCCUCAGUUCAGUUGAAAUAUUUUCUUCUAGUCGCCUCAACAUGUUCCUAUCCAUACGACAAGAUGAAAUCAAACGUCUGUUGCAAAAGCUCUACAAAAAUACACAUAGCGACUUUGCAAAAGUUGAACUGAAAUCUAUGUUUACAGAGCUGUCCUUUAAUAUUAUUAUGAGAAUGGUAACUGGGAAGCGAUGUUUUCGAGAAGAUGAGGACAACAAGGAGGCAAAGCAUUUUCAGGAGCUUAUUGAUGAAGUAUUUGAACUGGGCGGAGUGUCAAAUCCAGGAGAUUUUCUUCCAUUAUUUAGAUGGAUCGACUACGGAGGUUAUGAGAAAAAUUCAGCUAGGUUAGGUGAGAAAAUGGAUGCAUUCUUUCAACGUCUGAUUGAUAAGCACCGCCAGUACAAGAGUGAAAAUAGUAUUAUUAAUCAUUUGCUUUAUUUGCAAGUAUCCCAGCCAGAAUAUUACUCAGAUACAAUCAUCAAAGGAAUUAUAAUGGUUAUGCUAACUGCCGGGACAGACACAUCUGCAGUGACCAUAGAAUGGGCCUUGUCAAUUUUGCUCAACAACCCCGCGAAGUUGGAAAAGGCUAAAGUUGAGAUCGACUGUAUUGUGGGCAAUGAUCGUCUUAUUGAGGAAUCAGAUUUGCCCAAACUUCAUUACUUUCAAAACGUUAUUUCUGAGACUUUUAGAUUGUUCCCAGCAGCACCAUUGCCUGUGCCACAUGAAUCAUCAGAUAACUGUAAAAUUGGGGAUUAUGAUAUUCCGCGUGGCACAAUUUUGCUCAUCAAUGCUUGGGCUAUUCACAGGGAUCCCGUGGUUUGGGAUGACCCUACAAGCUUCAAGCCAGAGAGAUUUGAAGUUGGGGAAGUUGGACCACCAAAGUUGAUGCCAUUUGGAAUGGGAAGGAGGUCAUGUCCAGGUGCCGGCCUUGCUGAACGCGUAGUGGGUUUGGCCUUAGGAUCUUUAAUACAAUGUUUUGAGUGGCAAAGGAUUGAUGAAGAGAAUGUUGACUUGACGGAGGGGACAGGUCUCUCAAUGCCCAAAGCUGUGCCACUCGAGGCAAUGUGCAAAGCACGCAAUGUACUUCACAACGAUCUUUUAACCAUUGGCUGAACUACUUUCAGAAUUAUGUCUAUUAGGUCAUGAACUGCGCUUAGGGUGUUCUUUAUAUGUUAAACGAUGGCUCUAGACUGCGUUUGCGCAUUGCAACUGGAAUUUGAAUUAAUUACAUUCAUUGUCGUGUUUAGUUAUUUGAGUGACUAUAUGUAUCUUGGAAUUUUUUUCUUCUAUUGGUUUGACUAAACUUACUAUAAGAAAGAAUGAAUUGUGAAUCUGUCUAUAAUGGCCUACU